AUGGCGGUAGAAGUAAGUUGCUCGUUUCUAACUGAAAAUUCUCCAUGUGGUCUUGCUGGUAUUGGUUCUACUAUUGUACCAUUAUCAGCAUGUAAUCUAGACAUGACAUCGCAUUUGAUUAGCCUUCAAGUUACUGUUUUUGCUUGUUUGAAUUAUUCACUUUUUUAUUUAAAAAUCAACAUUUUAGCUGUUUGUGAUGGAUGCCGCCACAGCCAUUACAAGAAAAGAACACAACACAAGGAAGCUGAUGCGGCUACACAACAAGGUCAACAAGCGCACCAUAAUCCUCAUGUUAUUGACCAGCCACAGGACCAUGAAUCUACGACUACACAGCCUACCAAUAUUUCUGGACCCGGAACGUCAUCAGAUAGUCCUCUUCAGUAUCAAGACGAAAUUGAAACAGUCAUCAGCUCUUCACAAUCUUCACAGAGUAGCCUUUCAGAGCAAGAAGUCACCACCUCUUUCCAAUCUUCAAAGAGUAGCCUUUCAGAACAAGAAGUCAGCAUUUGGGUUGACGAAAUUGAGCUCCAACAAGAAAAGAGAACGACAUUGAACGAGGCAGUCAAUCAGUUAAGCAAUGGUCGUAUCAGUCCAGUUCUGUCAACGYUAAAUACUUCCUGGAACGACAUCUCAGUGACACAGCAAAAAUAUUAUUCCAGAAAGGCUAAGGAGAUAGUUACAAGUGCUCUUUCUGUUAUCAGCCCUGGCCAAGAAAAGGAGUUAUGGGAAUCCAUAAGGCAAGGAGACUUACAGCUUGAUGCCCAAACAGGUGUUCCUGCAACGCCCAAUUUUGAUAGCAACGAAGGUCUGAUGAACUCCCUUGUCCAGGCUUACUUCAUAGCAGAAUCUUGGCAGAACAAACGACAAAUACUGUCMCUGUUUGCAAACGACUUCAGUAAAGCUCAACUGCAGCAAAUGAUACCUGGUCUUUCUAAAUGGCGUAUAGACCAAGCAAGRCUACACGCUACUCAGACAGGAAAAGGAAAGCCAGUUCCAGUUGAACCUCAGUUUCACCAAAGAAUCGAUCAAGCCAAGAUCGAUCACUUUAUUGAUUACAUAUCCCGUCCUGAAUUUAUCCAGGACGUAGCAUUCGGAACAAAAACAAUGACGUUGGACUCUGGAGAAAAGAUCGUAAUCCCAGCAGUUGUUAGAACAACCAUACCGUCAAGAAUUAUAACACAAUAUAAAGAGUACUGUGAUCAACAAGACUUCCAACCACCAAGUGAGAGAUCCCUAUGGAGAAUGAUAGAAGUUUGUUCUGCAUCUAUGCAAACAUCUCUUCAAGGAUUGGAUAAUAUGACUGCAGAGGGAACCGAAAGUUUUGAUAAUUUGCUGAAAGUUAUAGACACACUGGUUGAUAACGGUGCUGGAGAACAAUGGGGGAAAGAUACCAAAAAAGAACUAAAAGAGGGAAAAAGGUACCUCAAAGCUGGCUUCAAGGCACAUGUCGGUAUCAACGAACACUGCAAAGACCAUUGUAYAAACUUUGCUCUCAGUGAUCCCAACAAUGCAGCCUUUCAAAAGAAWUGCCAACACGAACACGAUGUUAUUUGCGAUAGCUGUGAGUCAUUGAGAAGAGUCCUACAAGCUAUUUCUUCAAAAGCUGAGUCUGUAGACAUCGCAGAGGAGCAGCGCGCAAGGCUAAAGUUUGAGAUUGCAGAGUAUGUUCGCAGCAUCAACGUCUGGAAAUCUCACCUCUUACGUCUUAUCAAUCAAGACGAGGCUAAACAGCAGGCGCUUCAGGAUCUCGAAGAUGAUACAUGUCUGAUUAUAAUGGAUUGGGCCAUGAAGUAUCUGCCUCAACAGUACCGAGAACGUAUGAGUGAUUUCUAUGGUAAAAGAGGGAAAAGCUGGCAUGUUUCUGCAGUCAUYACCAAAAAAGAAGAAAAAUUCCACGUGGAGUGCUAUGUACACGUGUUUGACUCGUGUACUCAAGAUGGGUUUGCAGUGACGUCAAUCGCUGAA